AUGACCGACUCGCUCAAAAAACAACAAAAAAUUGUCUCUGGUUUAUCUGAAACCGUAAAACAUCUUGGUUAUGACAUUCGCGAAGUUCGAGAUGGGGUCGCAAGAAGUAGUAAUGCCGGAUCUGGUACAUCCAAAACGCCUCAAAAUUAUAUUGGCACCAUUUUCGAACUGUGGGAAGAAAUUGAUGCAUUAUUCAACGAGAAAAGGCGUGCCGAAAAGCGGUCCAUGGCAAGGCUGUACCCCAAGCGUGGACUAGGAUGUGGGCCUUCAAUUCAUAUUAAUAAUUCAAAAAUCACUGGAAAUAUUCAAGGAACUGGGAUCAUUGAAGACACUUCGCGGAAAACCAUAAAACCAGCUUUGAAGCGGAAGAAGUUAUCCAAAAACUGUUUAAGUGAGGAAGACCCAGUCACAGAUGCUGAAAAUAAUCCCUUUUUUGUCUCCGAGCAUGGAAAGGGUUCGAACACUAAUCAAAACGAGGAUGAGGAGGUAUUAAAUGAAGAAAUCAAAUUACCAACUCAGACACAUAAAAAGACGAAAACAAGUGUGACUAAUGUCCCAAACACCAGAUCAAGAAACGAUAGUGAAAAGUCUUCCUCUUCUGAUGUAGAGCCUGAAGAUGAUGAAGAAAUAAAGUUCGACUUCACAGAUAUUGAAGAGGAGUUGCAACGGGAGCCGAUCAAUGAGUGGGAAGUUGGUGCCAUCAAUGUAUCACAAAGAUUUAGACAAUAUCAGAUAGAGGUACUUGGGAAGGCGAAGACUAGCAGUUUGAAAUACGAUAACAUUUAUGAAAUCUUAGCCUUAUCAUCAAUAAUGGUGUUCUGCUGGCCCUGCCCGUAUCCCAUGUUUACUAUUCAAGAAUGGGAGGAAAUUACAGCAACUAAUCCGUACAAGAUUCAAGAAUCCCCGCUUUCACAGGAGAUUUUAUCAUCCCUUCGUGAAGCAUAUUGUAACCAUUUUCUUGGUAAUGAUGUCUUCAUGAAUGGUGGUAAUUCAAAACUAAGUAGAGCAGUCGCAUGCGCUUUUAAUGAUCUGUAUAACAGCAUCCCAGAUGUUGCUCCACCAAAGAUGUCUGAGGAUGAGUACUGCUACAUGUUUCUUCAUCCUAUCUCUCGUCCAUUAUUUGCUGGUUCGAGAAAAGAAUAUGAACUAAUCCUGAAUCGUGCCAACACUGGUUCAAAAAAAAGACCAGACCUGUCUUGCACAGUAGAUUGUGUACCGAUUCUAAAUGCGGAAUUUAAACCUGUUGGUUGCACACCAUUGCAACGUAAGAAAGACGGGCUGAAAGUACAGUUAAAAGCACGAAAUUCAAUAAACCAACAACUACAAAACAAAGGAGGUCCAGGUGAAGCCGUCAUAUUAUUAAAUAUGGGCGAUUUGAUGCAAUCAUAUUUUAUGAAUUUGAAAUAUGACGGACUAUAUU